UCCUUGAUGAAAAACGUAAAGCUAUUGUCCUUAUAAAUAGCGACUUUUGUUGUUUUUGAAAAAACGUCUUUAAGAUGAUAUUUGUGAGAAGGUCUCUACGAUUUAAUCACAUGGCUUUUACAAAAAUAUAUCGAGGAUAGAGCUGGAAAGCCACAGGAACAUUCUGAGCGGCGGCGCGCACACGUUUGGACCUAUUUUCUGGAGACCACCGGCAUAUGCUGCAAAUUGGAUAAAAUGCCUGCUCUGUUGGCGAAAAUGAGCUUGAGAAGCGCCUCGUGGUUCUAUGCAUUCAGUGUCGUUGUUUUGAGUAUUUGUGGUUCCACACAUGCAGCAAAAAGUUGUAAUGGACCAUUGCUAUCAGUUUUGCCUGAGUCAUCCUUCAAAAGCUCUUCAACAUCCUCCAAUAGUCAGCUGCCUCACACCGCAAAGCUGAACAGAAGAGAGGGAGAGGGUGGCUGGGCCCCGGAGCGGUCAGACAGACAGCCUUGGCUCCAGCUGGACCUCAGGGAGAAGAUGGAGAUCACGGCCAUCGCUACACAGGGCCGUUCAGGGAGCUCUGACUGGGUGAGCAGCUUUAUGCUGCUGUUCAGUGACUCUAGCCUGGCUUGGAAGCAGUACGGACAGAGCGAAGACACUGGGCAGACAUACAGAGGGAACACAAACUCAGAGGGUGUGGUCCAACACAAGCUGGUCCAUUCCAUCACAGCUAGGUUCCUACGCUUCAUCCCACUGGACUGGAGCACUACGGGAUGGAUCGGCCUCAGAGUGGAGGUCUAUGGCUGUGCAUACAAGUCAGAUGUGGCAAACUUCAACGGCAGGAGUGCUCUGUUGUACCGGUUUAACCAGAAGUCCCAGAGAACCCUGAAGGAUGUGAUCUCCCUCAGGUUUAAGAGCUACGGGGCAGAUGGGGUGCUGGUGCACGGGGAGGGACACAGAGGAGACUACCUGACAUUGGAGCUGCACCACGGGACCCUGGCUCUGCACCUCAACCUGGAUGACGCUAAGCUCUACCCCAGCAGUGGGAAUGUGUCAGUGGGCCUGGGCAGUCUCCUGGAUGACCAGCUCUGGCACUACGUCCUAGUUAAACGCUCCAACAAGCAGGUCAACCUCACCGUGGACGGGCACACACGUCAACUCAGCACUACAGGUGUGGAAGACUCACUGGAGGUGGACUAUGAGCUCAGCUUUGGAGGAAUUCCUAUACCCGGUAAACCAGGAAGCUUCCUUAGGAAGAACUUCCAUGGCUGCAUAGAGAACCUCUACUAUAAUGGAGUCAGCAUUAUCAACCUGGCCAAGCGACGCAAGCUCCAGAUCCACAGUGUGGGCAACGUGACCUUCUCAUGCUCUGAGCCCCAGCCUCAGAUGGUGUCCGCCACCUUCCUGUCCUCCAGCGGUAGCUACCUGUCUCUACCCCUGGGUCCUCUUGGGGUGUGGGGGCUGGACGUACACUUCCACUUCAGGACCUGGAACCAGGAAGGACUUCUGUUCUCCACCGGCCUGGCACAGGGAUCACAGCACCUGGUGUUGCAAAUCAGCGGAGGUCAACUGCACCUAAUGGUCCAUGGAGCUGCUGAGCAGAACACCAACAUUUCCAUAGAAGUCGGUGUAACUGAUGGCCUGUGGCAUUCUGUUAGUCUGAGCUACAGAGAUCGGAUGGUUUCCCUGGUCUUGGACAAUGAGCCAACAUCUACCGUGGACGUACAAAGUCAUGCAGACUCAGGCAAUAGUGUAUUUUUUGGAGGUUGUCCCCAAUACAGUGGUGACUGUAAGAACCCUACUGUGGCCUUCCAAGGGUGCAUGCGUCAGAUCUUCCUAAACAACCAACUUAUGGAUCUACCCCAUGUGCAGCAAGGGCUUUUGGGUAAUUACAGCAAGCUUCAGUUCGACAUCUGUGGGAUCCGCAACAGAUGUCUGCCUAAUUUUUGUGAGCAUGAUGGACGAUGCACCCAAUCAUGGGAUACUUUCUACUGUGACUGCUCAGGGACAGGCUACACUGGAGAAACCUGUCACAACUCUAUUUAUGAAGCGUCGUGUGAGGCACACAGACAAAUGGGGAGUACGUCUGGCUACUUCUUCAUUGAUCCAGAUGGGAGUGGUCCUCUAAAGGCAGCACUGGUCUACUGCAACAUGACUGAGAACAAGGUAUGGACAGUGGUGGGCCACAACAACAGGGGGUCUGUGAAUGUGACUGGAGCCACAACAAAGAAGCCGUAUGUGAUGCGGUUCAACUACACUGUCUCCCCGGAGCAGCUCCGCACUCUGAUUGGACGGUCUGAGCACUGUCAACAGGAAGUGGUCUACAGCUGCAGGAAGUCCCGUCUCUUCAAUACUUGGGACGGGAGGCCCCUGUCGUGGUGGCUGGACGGGAGUGGAGAGAAACAGACCUACUGGGGAGGCUCUGUACCUGGGGUCCAACAGUGCUCCUGUAGCCUGGAGGAGAACUGCAUCGACAUGAACUACUUCUGCAACUGUGAUGCAGACACUCACUUGUGGGUAAACGACACAGGACUGCUGUCCUACAAAGAUCACCUACCACUGACUGAGAUUGUAAUAGGAGACACCAACAGGACAGGCUCAGCAGCUGUAUACAGAGUCGGCUCCCUUCACUGCAACGGUGACAGGUUCCUGUGGAAUGCAGCCUCUUUCUACCCCGGGUCAUCAUCCCUCCACUUCCCUAAGUUCCAGGCUGAGCUCAGUGCGGAUAUCUCUCUGUACUUCAAGACCACAGCUUCCUCUGGUGUUCUCCUGGAGAACCUGGGGACCACGGACUUCAUCACCCUGAAGUUGACCACUCCCUCAGCUGUAACAUUCAUCUUUGACGUGGGGAACGGCCUGGUGGACUUGACGGUGACGUCCCCUGUCCCCCUGAAUGAUAAGCAGUGGCACUACGUUAGGGCUGAACGCAACUUGAAGGAGGCCUCCCUGCAAGUGGACCAGCUGCCCCUACACACUCUGGAGGCCCCCUCUGAAGGGCACUACCGUCUGCAGCUCAAAAGCCUACUGUUCAUAGGAGGAUCCACCUUUAAAGAGAGCACUUUCCUGGGCUGCAUCCGUGCGUUGACCCUGAACGGCGUGACCCUUGACCUGGAGGAGCAGGCCAAGUUGACCCCAGGAGUGACCCCAGGCUGCCUGGGCCACUGCAACGGCUCUGCUAGUGUCUGUCAUAACAGAGGGCGGUGUAUGGAGAAAAACAGUGGAUAUGUCUGUGACUGUACACACUCUGCCUACAAUGGACCACACUGCAAGAAAGAAGUGUCAAUGUCCUUCGAGAGUGGAUCCUCGGUGACCCUUACCUUCCAGAUGCCUUUCCCAGUCAUGCACAACAGAGACAGAGGUAGCCAGUCAUCUAGCAGUCAGCCAAUCCAUAGCCAGUCGUCUAGCCGUCAGCCAAUCCAUAGCCAGUCGUCUAGCCGUCAGCCAAUCCAUAGCCAGUCCUCAGCCAUCUAUGCCCACAACGGCGAGUCCAGAGAAAACGUUGCCUUCAGCUUUCUGACGACUCACACCCCUGCCAUGUUACUCUGUGUCUGCACCUACCAUCAACAGUACCUGGCUAUCAUCCUGGCUAACAACGGGAGUCUGCAGAUCUGGUACCGUCUGAACAGAGAGAAGAGAGCAGAGAUCUUUACUCCCAAAGUCUCCAGCCUAGCCGAUGGGCAGCUCCACCGUGUCCAAGUACACCGGGAAGGCAAAGACCUUUAUGUCCAGAUUGACAAAGACAUCGACCAAAACUACAACCUUUCUUCUGACAUGAAGAUGAACAAACUACAAUCUCUGACUUUAGGUAAAGUCACAGGUACAUCAGCAGGAAAUGCUGGCUUGGAUGAGGAAGUGCUUAGGGCAGGAUCCAAGGGUUUCAUUGGCUGCCUGUCGUCUGUCCAGUUCAAUCAUUUGACACCGCUGAAGACAGCCAUUCUGAGUCGUGGAAGCUCAUUGGUCCAUGUUCUUGGCAAUCUAGUUGAAUCGAACUGUGGAGCCGUGGCUGAUAGUACAACUUCACAAUCAGCAUCUGAGGGUGUCAAUAGGGGCGUAGAUCGACUGAAGAAGACAAGAAGUGAUUCAGCAGUCAUUGGAGGUCUCGUCACAGCUGUGUUCCUCGUCACCCUCUGUGCCGUGGCCGUGACGUCGUGCUUCCUGUACCGCCGCUACAGCCACACCCACACCCACCCCCAGGAGAAGGCCUCCAUCUCACAGAAGAAGGAUUCCAGACACAGCCCGGAACACAGCUACCCUGCAGGCCUGGAGAACAGCUAUCCUGUAGACUUGGUCUUGGAUCUAAACCUGGACCUGCACAGCUCUGUGAGUCACAGCCGAAAGGAGUACUACAUCUGAUGCCACCAUAGCCUUCUUUGCCCAAUUUCCUGCCUCCUGUUCCGCACGCUGUUCUGCCUGGCCUCAAAUGCAGAACAGGCCCCGCUGGGUAGAGCAGCCAUUCAUCACAAAACCCAGUGUUAAGUCACCUGACUGUUCCCGGGCUAUCUAGGAGCAGUGAUCAUUGGUGAUCCAUUCCCUGUGUGGCUACAAGAAUGACCCAAUGGAGGAUGGUCAUGCCGCAGUGUUAUAUCUCAAAGGCUGUUUAUUGGAGCAUGGGCGCUGUACCUCUUUCGAUGAGCGAUGACAAUUGGAGAACAUUUAUUGUGUAUCUACUUCCUAUUACAUUGCUCUAAAGUCAGGAGACAAAAAGCCUCAAUGAAUCGGAUCCACCCCAGUGACUUUAUAAGCCCGCUUUACAUAGGCUUCCAUUCUGAAUGUACAAUUAAAGGGAUUUAUUCAUUUGGGGUUGGUUGGGCACUGGUACUCUAACUCACUUAAUUGUAUUCACUUGUGGAUUCUGAACGUGAUAAUGACUAAUUAAUGAUGUUCGACCAUCUGCCAAGGCAAGGUCUGGGAAAGCAAUGCACCUGCUCUUGCUCCCUGGCUAACUGAUCAAAUCUCACUGAAAAGCAUUGUGACUAUGUGCCAAGGUCUUUGUGGCUGGCCCCUUUUGUUCUCGGAACACGUCGUUUCUUUUUCUGUUCCCAGUAAGUUUGCUGCGAACCUCACUGCCAAUAACCCUCAUCCGCCAUCACCGACAUCCCCUCGACACGUUAUGCUUUUACGAAUCACCAAAGGGUGGUGCAGUAAACUGAUACUAGAUGUCUGAAAGUAAAAAUGUAGUACGGUACAACGUUAUGUGAUUGUGCUAGUAACUUUUGAAGUGAAUUGUCUCUCGACCUGUAGGAGAUAAUCAGAGGGAAAUCUAGGGUAUAAAGGUAGGUUCAUUCUCAGGAGAGCUCUUGUCCUGGUUGAUGUUGUGAGUUUUGUUGAACGGAGACGUACAGUGUUGUACAAAUUUGCUGCGGUCUCCUCCACAAUCCAUGCUACUUGCUCUUACAUUGGUAAAACGGCAAGGCUUUAUAUUUUGCACAAUUAGCAAACCAACAGAACAAGUAAAUUGUACAACAAAUCUGUUUAGCAAGCUUGCAAGCUAUACAAAGGAAACAUGAAUUCAGGGGAUGAUUUUCUGUCAUGAAAGACGCAUGAUAAAGGAUUGUUAUUGCCUGGUUAUAUUAUUUAAAGUGCAUUAGGUCAUUUAUCUACAGUAUUUUACUGUAAAAGAUGUACAAACAUCACUGACACAAUUAUUGAAUACGGUUCAUUUAAAUAUUGCAUUCAUUUUGAAUUUGUUUUAUAGAAUUCUUCAGGUAUAUUGUAAACAAAUGUAUAUUUAAUAAAGACAUUUUUACAGCUUCA